AUGGUGAUUUGCGGAACAUUAAUGAAUGGUCAUGCUGAACUGCAAUGCACAGGAUCCGAGGCAGGACCCACACAUGAAUCUCUGCAGAACGUUUUUGAGAAGAAGUCCUUCCGUCCAACGCUGAAUUACAGCCGGCCAACAAGCGUGAACAUCUCAUUCACCAUUUAUGCAGUGCUGGGAGUGAAUGAAAAAAGUCAGAUUCUUAGCACAUUCCUUUGGCUGCGCAUGUUUUGGCAGCAUGAAUUCCUAACCUGGAGCCCAGAGAAGUGUGGAACAGUGGAGAAAAUUUCACUGCCAGUGGAAGAUAUUUGGACCCCGGAUGUUGUCAUCUAUGAAUUUAUAGACGAAGAUAAGUUCCAACGCACACCAUUUGUCUACGUAAAUCACACAGGACGUGUUCGCUACGACCGGAUGCUCCGAGUUGUCAGCUCUUGUAACCUCGACAUCUUUAACUUUCCGUUUGACGUUCAAAAUUGUUCAUUGACCUUCGGCUCUUAUACGCACACAGUGAAAGAUGUGCGCCUUGGUCUGGCUGUGCCCGUGGAACAGAUUCUGCAAAGCUCAUUGCAAUAUCUGGAGACUAGUGGUGAAUGGGAGCUCCUGAGGAUAGAAGGGUCAUCUGACAAUCUUAAAUUUGGCAUUGAUGAGUGGGAUAUCAUUACAUUUUGGGUGGUGAUCAGGCGUCGCUCCGUCCUGUAUGUGGUGAACCUAUUAAUCCCGAGUGCUUUCCUCAUGCUGAUUGAUAUUCUGAGCUUCUACCUCCCCCCACACAGCACAGACCGUGCUUCCUUCAAGGUGACCCUACUACUCGGUUAUAUGGUGUUCCUCCUAAUUAUGAAUGACCUGUUACCAAGCACCGCCAAUGGCACACCACUAAUUGGUGUUUAUUUCUCUGUUUGCUUGGCUCUUCUGGUUCUCAGUCUGCUGGAGACAGUCAUAAUAACUCAUGUCUUGCAUCGUGGGACCCUGCAGACUGGGUCUGUGCCUGCCUGGGUCAGACGUCUUAUCCUGGGCUACAUUGCCCAGCUCAUCUGUUACCGUGUAACUGCUCACAGGUCAGACACUGCCUCCUCUGCUACCAAUGACCUGCCACCAGCCGGUGAAAACAAUGCACUUCGUUUUCUGCAAUCCAGCCGCUUCCAUAAAGAAAUGGACAACAUUACAGAGUUCCUGCCGAUGGCCCCAGAGCUACUUUCCCCCAAUGCUCUUAGUCCUGUUCCUGAGAGGCAGCUGGCAACGAUUAGUCAGAACCUACAUACGGUCAGGAAGAUAAUGGAAGAUAAAAACCAUCUCCAGCUACAGGAAGAGGAAUGGAUUCAAGUUGGAUAUAUCCUUGACUCUCUUCUGUAUCGCCUAUACCUAAUCCUCAUUGGAUCCUACGCCAUAACCAUUAUAAGCGUCUGGUGUGCUUGGUACAAUAUAUAA